AUGAUUCAGCCCUAUCAGCCUGCGGCAUUUCCGAUCAUGGGUGCCCCACUUGACCACACGGGCUACCCCUCGCCAGCCAGUCAGAGGCGCAGCUCGCAGCACACCCACUUCUCCUCCGACAACUCUGUGCGCGAUUCGUCGUCAACGCACGCCUCUGAAUGGACAGAACGAAGCUUGACGAGCUGCGCAACCAGCCCUGCGUGCGCACACUACAGUCUCAAAUCAGACGUCACGGGCGAGUCCACCGAAGAACUCGACGAGAGCUCCGUAGGCCUUGGCAUCACUUCGGACUUCGAGCACGGCAUCUCAAGCCGAAGAUCGAGCGCUGUUCCUGUGCUGCCUUCGCCCAUGCUCCCCGGAAGCGCAAAAGUCCUUCAAGGGCCCUUUUCGCAUCAUCGUGCUCCCUCCUGGACAAGGCGCGUAGACGUGUCUCCGCUCGUUGGACAUUCACAGACAAGCGGACCCCAAUUUGACCCAGCUGCUUCGCUCGAGAGUGGCCUGCGAUCGUUGGGGCUGAACGUCAUUCCAAGCAUGCAGCGAGCUCUGAGCGACGUGACACCCGUCUCGUCGGCCAGUCACGACAUUGCUGCUGCCGUUGCUUCCGCAUCGUCGUCGAACUUGGCAAAUCCAUCGAUUCCGCUUCGACGCGAUUCUCGUGCCCGCUGCUCUUCCGACCUAUCAAACUACCGUCCUGCAGCAUUCAGUGCUGCACAACGAUCCCAUUCCCCUUCGUUCUCGGUCGCGUCACCGUCGUCCAACUCAGGCCGCUUUACUCCUUCGUUGCCGACCUCAUCCAGCAAUCUGGGUGGGAGCAACAUCGAACAGUGGCAGAGCCCUCCGCGCACCAGCUCGCUUCGGCCAUCGGCCUCCACCAACUCCCUACGAGCAUCGCCCGGUCUCAGCAGAGCCGGCUCGCCGCGAACUCCGCCCGCCAGCGCAGCCAAGAGGCCUCCUCGUCCAACAUUGGACCGCAUCACCACCAUCAACGACCUCAGCAAUUCAAUUAUUGCUAUGCAGGAUGCUCCCGAGGACUCGCCGACGAGCCCAGUGCAAGAGCCCUCCUUGCGCACGUCGUCGGCUGCCUCGCGCAGACGUAGGGUGUCGGACGUAUCGAUCAACAGCUUUCUGCAGAAUGGCGAGUUCAGCCACAUUGUCGGUGCAUACACAAGCAAGUUGCGUUGGGAGGAAGGUCUCUACGACUUUGACGAGAGUGCCGAGCUUGACGGCGACGAAUCGAGGGCGGUCAAGACCGCUGAAGAUGGCAGCGCUGCGAUCGUACAGGGUCGCGAUCUGACUCUCGAGCAGAUCGAGGCCGAGACUGGUCCCAACACCACCCACUUACUGCUGAGCGGCAAUCAGACAGAAGGACUGGUCGAAGUUCUGGAACGAGUCUUGCCUCUCACCAACAAUCUGUUGGUGCUCGAUCUGUCGAAUUGCUUCUUGCCACGCCUUCCUGACGCCAUCGGCGCUUGCAUCGCGCUCGAAGAGCUCGACAUCUCCGGCAACCCGGUCGAGUGCCUGCCAGACUGGAUCCUCAACCUUCGCGCGCUUCGAGCACUCUCGGCUGACCGCAUCGGGUUGCAGCAUCUGCCGUCAAGCCUCAUCCAGCUUCAGGAGCUUCAACGUCUGAGUCUCCGCAGCAAUCAGCUCGUAUUCCUGCCCAGCUGGCUCCAUCGCAUGUCGAAGCUCAGCAAUCUCUUUGUCGAGGGCAAUCGCUUCCGAGGGCCAUGGCAAGACAUUGUCGCGCCGCUCUUCUCUCAGCCGCAGAGGCCUCUCGCUGCUAUCUUGCAGCCUGCGCAUGUCCCGCACCUCGGCGAGGCUCCCAAAUUGCAACUUCGCUCCAGCAGCGCCACCCAUACAAGGCUCCAGCAGGUGCCGGAGCGCCCUUUCAUGGCUCGCAUGCGCAGCGCGAACGACCUGCAGAGCAUGUUCAGCUAUCAGUCUGGAUCGCGGACCUUGCCCGUGUCGCCGUCUGAGUCCGACAGCAACGACAGCGGACACAUCAGCCCCAGAGAUUCACAAUCACGUCCGACGACGGAGUACGAGGAUCGCAUCGGCGCGCUUGUUGACGCCGAUGGUCUGGACAACCGUAACGCAGGUAGUGGCAGAUGGGGCGGCUUCCUCAAAAAGAUCGGACGUAAGGCCUCGAGCCAGAGGCUAGGUACCGCUUUCCACGAUCCUGCGACGAGCCCCAGCGAGAGUCGCUUCUCGUCGCCCAAGUUUUCGCGAAAAUCGCUGCGCUCGUCUGCCGGCCCUACGAGGGCCAACUCUCUUUCAAAGAGCGGCGCACCGCCUUUGAUGACCCAAUCGCAAUCCGAGCCCGUCUGUCCGACGGUUGCUACGGUGUCUCGCAGCCUUGCUGCUGCUGUUGCCGCCGAUGUCGACAAUCAUCUCGCUCCCAUGACGCCACUCGAUCCACCUGCCGAGCCCAUGCUGUCCUUGCAGCCGUCAUCGCUUCUGCAGCCAUUUGUGUCAGAUGCGGAAGCCAAAAAGGCUCGUCGACGCAGCUUCUUGCCUGUCCUUGCCAGUGCCGCUGGGCCGGUUCUCAGCACAGCUGUUCCGUCCCGAACAGAGAUGGACGAGGAGAGUCUUGCUAGACACCGCAAUCGUCUGCGUGCACUCAUGCACUACCUCCGCGAUCUGGAUGAUCUCACCGCGGGACGCACCGAGGCAGCCUCGUUCGUCGGACCCAGCAAGAGCUCGCUUGCGCAUCUUCGCGAUGGAAAUGGCCACUCGCGCACACCGAGCGUGUACCGAGCCGAGUCGAGCAAUCCUUCGACCAAGUCGCGAGACUCUGGCGGAGAGUACGUGGCCAGCACGGCCGCCAGCUCUGUCUCUGAAGGCGCCUCUUCCGAGCCAGCACGUCUUAGCACUACGCAGUGCGGCAAAGACGACUCGGUGAGACGCUUCCGUAUCAUUGCGGAGAUCAUCUCGACGGAGCGUACCUACGUCAAGGGGCUGAGCGAGUUGGUCGAUAUCUACGUCAAGCCAGCCAUGGCGCCCGCUGACGGCAGCAGUGGAGUCGCGGUGAUCCCGGCCACCGAACAUCGCGCAGUCUUUGGCAAUGUUGAAGCGCUGCUGCAGUUCCACCGCACCGUCUUCCUUCCGUCGCUGGUGGCUAUGGCUAAACCAGUGCUCGAUCACGACCAGGAUGCGCCAGGCGACAUGGCGCCUGAAGCGACAGCAGCGGUUGCCGAGAAGGUGGCGUCGGUCUUCUCGACGCAUGCCGCUUUCUUCAAAAUGUACACGAGCUACAUCAACAAUUGCGACUCUGCGCAGACCAGGAUGAGCGCAUGGAUGGCUCCAUCCUCGGCUGCUGGCGGCGGCGGCCUUUCGCUUCGAGGAACGACCGCCUACGGCGCUUUGCAAGCAUUCGGCGCCAUGUCGGCGCAACAAGGCACCGCAGCGGCUCUCUAUGCCAGCGGCUCUCUUAACGGCCUGAUGGGCGCACACGCUCCUUCGGGCAUCUUCGGCAACGACGGCAAUCUCACGCCUUCGCAGCGCAAAAAGGUCAGAACCUUCAUGAAGCGCUGCCGCACGCACCCUCGUCACAACCAACUCAACGUGGAGAGCUACCUGCUGCUGCCUGUGCAGCGCAUUCCUCGGUACCGUUUGCUGCUGGAGGAUCUGGUCAAGAGCACCGACACCCAUCGACUGGCUGACGGCGAUGCAUUGGCCACCGCGCUUGAGCAUGUGACGCAGAUCGCAUCCAAGGUUAACGAGAGCAAGCGUCAGUCGGAGCAGGACCGACGAUUGUUGGCGUGGCAGUACCGCAUCCGAGGACCCAUCGAAGGGCCUCUGGUGCAGCCUCAUCGUCGUCUGCUCAAGGAUGGAUCGUUGCAACUGAAGCGCGUGGUGCGCCGCAUUCCAGGAUUCGUGCGCUCCGACCGAAGCGCGUCGGUGAGCAGCAUCGACACGAGGCAAAGCCAGAGCCAUGUGCUGUCAGCCGACCACUUGCAGCAGGUGACCGAGGAUCAGAGCAUGUCCCUGAUCCUGUGCAGCGAUGUUGCGGUGCUGUGCGCCGAGCAGACGAGGAACAAGGACAUCAACGCGCCCGUGUUGCUGCGCUCGAUGCUCAAGCUCAUUCGACCCGUCGAGAUCCUGGGCGGCAUCAACCUUCGCGUUGUAGAUCGCUCCGAGAUCCUGUACCUUGCUGCGUCCACGCCGGAGGAGGCAGUGGCGUGGAAGACGGCAUUCGACCUUCAUUUCUACCAGUGA